AUGCUCAACAACCUCGCCCCCUUGGCAGCCGUUCUCCUACCCCUCGUCACCGCCCAAAACGCUGUACCAAUCCAAGUCAUUCCAGGCAAUCUCCAAGUCAACCCCAUCGCCAAUGUACCCGCCCUCCCGAUCUUCCAACCAUCCGGGGUCAGCAGCGUCAUAGCCGCACUCCCCUUCAACAGAGUUGCUCCCACCGAUGCCUCUCCAGCUAGCACGACUCCAGGUUCAGAUAUAUCCACCUCCACAGCCACCGAGACAAGCACGUUAACGGCUUCAAGUUCGAGCUCCGAGAGUGAUAGUGAGACGACAACAACGGCGUUGAGUACCUCGACGCUUACUAGUAGUGAUGUAUCGACCAGUACUAGUUUCUUUACGACGACUGUUGUUUCGAGCACACCUACUUUCACCUCUACAUCUACUUCGACGAGGAUGAUGAAUUCCACGGUGAUUAUCCGGACGUCCACAAGUGGUCCUGCUGUUGUUACUAGUGAUGUGAGAACGCCUAUUCGAACUCCCCCAGCGGUUAAGACGGAAGGAAGUGGGGCGGGAGGGAGAGCGGAUGGGAGGAUGGGUGUAAGUUUUUAUUCUUGUCUUGAUGGUCUAUAGGAUGCUAAUAUUUGAUACAUAGAUUGAGACGAUUUGUUUGUUGAUGAGUGCUGCGUUUGGGUUUUUUGUUUUUGCAUGA